CAAAUAAGUAUCGACUGUCCGGAUCCUCUGUUCCUCGUCCCUCUUCCGACGAAUGAGGAAGUUCAUGGUUGCCAUUUCCGCUACAGUAGAAGCUUGCUCUGUACGGACGCACUUUGCCUCCUCCUCCUCCUCCUGCAUUGGACCUCUCAAACGUGGGAUCCUCUCGCCGGCGGUUCUGUCCAACGCUUCCCCCGCUGCUUUUCCGAGAAGCUUGAUCCUACGGAGGAAGAUCGCGCCCGCUUCUCCACUUCUCCCGGCUUCCCGCUUCUUCCGAGAUUUUGUGGUUAGGGCUUCUAACUGCUUCGAGGUCAGAAGAAUGUCGAUCUUGGCAAGUUUGCCCGUUGAUGUUGAAAUACUAAGCGGAGUGGAUGACAAGUACGACGGCGUCACCGUUGAGAUCAAGGAGCCGGUAGAUGUCACUGCAUUCGCAGCUUCGCUCAAAGCUUCGAUAUCCAAGUGGAGACUGCAGGGUAAGAAAGGAGUUUGGCUAAAAAUUCCAAUUCAAUUGGCAAAACUUGUCCCUUCUGCAGUUGAGGAAGGGUUCUGGUACCACCAUGCUGAACCAACGUAUUUGAUGCUUGUGCAUUGGCUUCCUGACACACCUCAUACGUUGCCAAUCAAUGCUACACAUCGAGUGGGUAUUGGUGCUAUUGUGAUAAACAGUGAAAGACAGAUGCUGGUAGUCCAAGAGAAGACAGGGUUCUUUAAAGGUACUGGUGUGUGGAAGAUUCCUACUGGCGUCAUUGAUGAGGGUGAGGAUAUAAUAUCUGGGGCUAUUAGAGAAGUGAAAGAGGAAACAGGAAUCGAGACUGAGUUUUUGGAAAUUCUUACAUUCAGACAAAUACACAAAUCCUUCUUUGAGAAGUCAGAUCUGUUUUUCGUGUGCAUGCUGCGUCCCUUGUCAUUUGAAAUUCAGAAGCAAGAGUUAGAAAUAGAAGACGCACAGUGGAUGCCACUGGAGGAAUAUGCAUCACAACCCUUUGUCAUGCAACAUGAGAUGCUGAAGAAGGUUUCUGACAUUAUUUUUGCAAAAGCUGCGAACGGGUAUGCUGGUUUUACUCCUGAGUUUGGACACCAUUCUGGACGUUCCUGUUACUUGUACCUCAAUGGCAGGGAUUUAACUAUGUAGGUCAUUCAUUCCUUUCUAUAGCAUUUGCUUUUGCAUCAGACAGUAUUUAUUUUUCCGAUUCUAUACAUUACAUGUACUCCCCCUCUCCUUUUCAUUUUUCUUGUUUCCAUUAUAAACACUAAAAGGGAGAGAAUUGGUUGGUGGCUUGGUAUGCUGGCCAGUGGAACCAAAUGAUUGAACCACUGGAUUCAGGUCCAUAGUCACAAACAAUGUCAACCAUCAUGAAAUUUCAUGAUUUAAUAAAAAAAAACAUUUUUAUCUUAA